AUGCCUUCCUGGCUGUCGCGAGCAACUGAGUCUCACAAUGCUCAGCUCAUCACGACUGCAGCCGUGUCAGGCUUUGUCGUGGGCAGUGCGAUUCUAGGUUUUCAGAAAGCUCGGCGCUUGACAAGGGUAGCCGAUCUGAAGGCAUCGAUUCCAGACGUCAGUGACGAACAUCGCGCGUCCAGACUGACCGAAUAUGGUGCUGCUUCCAAUGUCUUCGCCCCAAGCAAGGAAGAUGAGCGGAGUAUGGCAUUAGCCGCAAGGGCAAGGAAAGGUGACUACGACGACGAUCUCAUCCUUGAACAACUCGCAAGAAAUAGAGUCUUUCUCACAGAUCCUGGAAUCGCCAAGCUAAGGAAUGCCUUCGUAAUUGUAGUCGGAUGCGGAGGCGUCGGAUCACAUGCUACGGCCGCCCUCGCUCGCUCAGGAUGCUCCAAACUUAGGCUUAUCGACUUUGACCAGGUCACGCUGUCUUCGCUCAAUCGGCAUGCAGUUGCUACACUAGCAGAUGUCGGAACGCCCAAGGUUCACUGCCUCCGCAAACGACUCGAACAAAUCACACCCUGGACCCAUUUCGAAUGCCGAAAUGAACUCUUUGCCGAGCAUACUGCUGCAGCUCAGCUAGCACCCAUGAACCAUCAGCAGCCGGAUUUUGUUAUCGACGCUAUCGACAACAUUGACAGCAAGGUUGCACUUCUGGCAUACUGUUACAUGAAUAACAUCAAAGUCAUAUCUUCCAUGGGUGCAGGAUGCAAGUCUGAUCCUACACGAAUAUUCAUUGGCGACAUCUCCACAAGUACAGACGACCCGUUGUCAAAGUCUACAAGGCGAAAGCUACGCUUGAAGGGUGUCAAGGACGGCAUACCAGUUGUCUACUCUACAGAAAGGCCAGGCCCAGGGAAGGCUGAGCUCCAACCUCUCUCCGAAGAAGAAUUUGCGAAAGGCAACGUGGGAGAGCUUGGUGUUCUUGCAGAUUUCCGGGUAAGAAUCUUGCCAGUUUUGGGUACUAUGCCAGCCAUCUUCGGUCUCGCAGUUGCGAAUCAUGUCAUCCUUUCCAUCUCUGGCUACCCUCACGAAUACUUGCCAGCCAAGUCACGCGACAAGAUGUACGACGGAAUUUUAGGUGCUCUCCAAGGUGCCGAAGAAAGACUGGCACGUGCACUCUUCAGCGAGGACCCACUGGGUCUCAAGAUUCCCAUAACACAAGAUGAUGUGGGCUAUCUAGUAGAAGAAGUAUACCAUGGCCGAAGUAUCAUCAGUGGGUUGUCUACACGCCUAGUAUUGACACGAUGGACUAAGCCAGCUCUGAGUUUUGUUGAUGAGAGAACACCGGGUCAGAAGAAUAGUCAUCUCCAGAUGAAGGACUUGGUUCUUAUGACGAAAGAAGAGGCAACAAAGCAUGAGAGGGAAGUGUUAAAAGGCCAAAAAAGCUUAGAGGAAGUAUAUGACGCCGAAACGAUUGAACGUGUCGACAAGACAAUGGCUGAAGAAGACAAGUUCCAACGUUUGAGGUAA